AUGUCUUUCAUGCCCCCUCUCGUCAUACUCUACGCCCCACAAAGGCGGUUGCAGUCGGGCCCUUUUUUGUGUGCUCCACACAUGCCGUCCACACUGCUGCGAGUGGGGCUGAAUCAGAGACAAGUGAUGGCAAGCCGAACAGGUGACCUCCAUUCUCUCGCCAGCCUCAGCCCCUUUUUUCCGUCCCUUCAUCAUCAGCCCAGACGGUCUAGCCAACUUUAUGCCUCAACUGGGCGUCAAUCCGAGUCCGGACAAGCGUCCGCCAGGCUGUAUGAUUGUGUAAUAAAUUGUGCUGCUGUAAGGGGCGGCAAUACCAACUCGAGGAGGGGUUACCGUCAUAUUCUGGCCAUGAUAGAUUGUCAGAUUUGGCAUAUAAACGCGGCCACUUGA